AUGGCAAGACGUUGGUUCACGGAGUUCAUGAACAACGUAUAUCCUGACACAGACACGGAAGCUACGUACUUCACACCAGGAGUUGAUCCUCCGAGAAUAGCUAUUCUGAAAGAUUACGCCCUGUAUUUGGUACGCUCUCGGGUCGGCCGCAUCUCCGACAAGUUAAGUGUUAACUUUGUUCAACCUUACAUGGGAAUGAUCGUCUUCAUCAUGCAACGCUGCUGCAACCACCUUCCCACAGAUAUAACAACAAUCCGAGCGGAGAUCAGAAACUUCUUCCGCACUGAUCUCGUGGAAAACAAGGGAGUUAAUACAAAACUCCACCCAAAAACUGUUGCACACACCGAAGAUGGCACACGUAUCUUGUCGAGCCUAUACAACCCACAAUGCCUAAUUACAUUCACGAACAUGCAAACUGUUCUCAAAUUUGUGUAG